AUGAUAUCAGCAAGGGCGAAGCAGCUCCCCGAAGACCGUCGCGGAAACGACGGCGCUUCGCCAAGCGAUUUAUUCGGAAGCGCCGGCGCUUCCGACACCGAGCUGAGCACGGAGCAGCUCGUCGGCCUGGUGCUGCUGCUGCAGAAGAAGGUGAAGGGGCUGCAGCAGCGGCACCGGCGCCACUGCGCCAAGCUGGAAGCGCUGGAGACCGUCGCGGAGCAGCUGCGCAGGGAGAAGAACCUCCUCAUCCGGGGAGAAGCUCCGGCUCCUGGAGACGGCCUGCCUCGAGCCGGAGCGCGGCACGCCGUCACCGUGCUGUGCCGGACCGAGGAGCGAGCGCUGCUCUACGCCGGGCCGAAAGCGCCGUGCUCCGCCUGCAGGAGCCGUGAACGGAGCCGGCCGCGCCGGCGACGCCGCCUCCGUCCCGUGUGUGUCGUCCCCCCCCCCCCCUGCCCCAAAACCCCUUACGCCGGGCGACGACCCCCCCUCCCCCCCCAGCCCUCACCGGGCGGUCGCGGCUUCAGCGGCGGCUCGAGCUCCGCGGAGAGGCCGGUUUCCCGCCGCUGGGAAUUGCCUCCACCCCCCCCCCCCCCCCCACGGCUCCGGAAUGCGGGUGGGAACGGGGACGCCAGAACAUUUGUGGGGGGGUUUAUUAUUAUUAUUAUUAUUAUUGUUAUUAUUAUUAAUUAUUCUUGCCGCGCGGGUCGCGGGUUGCUUCAAUAAAGGCCGAACGGAGAGAGGGGAAAAAAAAA